AAAUAGUGGUCAACUGAUGCGAACCCCUUGAGUGGUAGCUCCGUGAAACCUUGACCCCUAGUGAUGCGAUGCUGAAGCACACCGGAAGGCUGCUGCCACCGACGACCAGUGCCAUGGGCGUUCCUGCAUAUGGACAGCGGUACAGACGGGAGGGACACCAUUAUCGACUACGUCGACUCAACAUCACGCGAUGUCUACUGCUAUUACGUGUAAGCCAUCCCUAUUCACAUCUGUUGAGUGCUCUAAUGCAUGAUCAGUUAGCGUUUAUGUUUUCCCUAAAGAGAAUGUUAGAAAACCCCAGCAUAAUCUUCUAGCUUUGUCUGGGCUUCGACGAGAAAGCAAGUUAAGAUGGUGAGGCUGGGUGACAUGAGCGCCCACCCCGCCGCCUUGGCCGUCCAUGACCUCAGAAGCCCCGGCUUGCUCGUGUUGUUGGCGUUCGUGGCCACGGUGGCCGUGACUGCCUUGGCCGCCUUCGGCUGCGCCGAGGGAGCGAAGAAGCCGCGCCGGAACAACAACGACGUCUACUACUACGGCCAAGGCUACCCUCCGCCGCCGCCUCCCGUCGGGGUCUACGGCUACCCGGCGCAGCCCAGCUACGCGUACCUGCCGCCGCCUCCGAACGGCGGGAAGCAGGGCGCCGGCGCCGGGCUCGCGCUCGGUGGCCUGGCCACGGGCGUCAUCGUCGGUUCAGCUCUCAGCGGCGGCGGGUGUGGUGGCGGGUGCGGCGGUGGCUGCGGCGGUUGACGAGUACGUAGUUGUUGGUAGGAAGUGCGUUGGACUUUGGAGAAUUGUGGGUAUUUGAUUGUUCUAUUGUUUACAUCACAAGUCGCGUGUGAUCUGCAUGUUUCUAUAUCUAUACUUUGUCUGGAUUUGGAUUCUGCGAUGAAAAGUGCCUCGUUUUUCAAUUUCAAAAGGCCAUUUCAAAAUGGGUAGACAGGGGAUCGGCUUGAUCAGUACUCCGUAUGUACUCUAUGUAUCAUGAGUUCUUGUCCGAACAGUUAGCUGGAAAUAUGGAAUGUUGUCGUUACCUAUU